AUGUUCGAGGUGUGGCAGCGGGCGCCCGACGGCGGGCGGGCGGGCGACGCGGUGGCGCCGGCGGAGCAGCAGUCUCCGGCCGAGGACGGAUCCGAGGAACGGCGGCGGCAGCAGCAACAGCAGCAGCAGGCGCCGGCGGCGCAGCCACGCGCGCGCGGCCGGGGCAGAGGCGUCGGGGGCGGCGGCGCCGCGCGCGCCCUCAUGCGCCUCCCGCGGCUGCCGGUGAAAGUCGCGCUGCCUUCCGUGCUCUGGAGGAUGGUCUUGGACCCCAAAAUCGCGCACAAUGACUACGGCAGUUUCCAGAGCCCCGGCGUGGGCGCCAGCGCGCAUCACCGCGGUGUAGAGAUCGCGUCCGCGGCCCUGCCGCCGGGCGACGCCGGCCUCCACGGCCACGAGGGCGACGGCGAGGGCGAGGGCGACGCCGAGGGCGCGCGCCUGGCCGGCGACAUGACGCAGAAUGUUCCUCUGCUUCCCCCUUCUGCCAAAAAUGAUACCUGGGCAGGAGGUACCAAAAGUGGGGGUCUUCAUUCUCCCACUCGUGAGUACUACGAUGAUACAAGUGGUGAUGGAUUGGCGAUUCACCGCAAUGGUGGACUUGUUAGCAGUGCCAGCAAUGGUAUGGUGCAGAUUGAUAUGCCUGCACCUCUUCGUGAGGAACCUCGCUUUCCCAAGGAGAAGUGGAAAACUUUUGUUGCUUUCCUGAUACUUGUGAUUAAUUUCUUAAUCACAGUUACCUCUUUGGCAAUGGUUCAUGAGAGAGUUCCUGAUCGAGAAAAAUACGGGCCCUUGCCAGACAUCUUCUUAGACAAUGUGCCUGCCAUUGACUGGGCUCUGAGUGUGUCUGAAGUGUUGAUUGUGAUCUCUGUGUAUGCAGUGUUGAUUGUUCUUGUUUUUCACAAGCACAGGUUCAUUGUGAUGAGGCGUGUUUUUGUUAUCUUGGCUCUGUUGUACCUGAUGCGAUCCAUCACAAUGUUUGUGACGGUGUUGCCAGUAGCAAGUGUCACCUACUACUGCUCUCCAAAACUGAAUUCAACAUCUACAGCUGUUGUUGUUCAAAGGAUGUGGCAGCUUUUUCAAGGAUUUGGGCUGUCAAUUAAUGGAAAGCAUACAUAUUGUGGUGAUUACAUUUACAGUGGGCAUACAGUCAUGUUAACCAUGAGCUACCUCAUUAUAGCAGAGUAUUCACCAAAACGUUGUUUUCCUGUGCAUUGGGUAUCGUGGAUAGUGUCAGUGUCAGGAGUAAUACUGGUGCUUGUAGCUCAUGGUCAUUAUACAGUAGAUGUUAUCAUUGCGUACUAUGCUACAACUACUUUGUUUUGGAUAUAUCAUACUUUAGCCAAUAAUCCUACCUUAAAGUCCUUGGCCUCACCUCAAGGCUUGUACCAUUGUUCUGGGUGUGGGAACCACAACAUGGACCCAACAAUUUCCUGGCCCGGUGUUGGUGGUUCCCGUUAUUUCAGUAUUUUGAGCAAAAUGUUGGAGGUCCAGUCCCACGGCAAUAUGAGUGGCCACUACCAUGGCCACGGUGGUGUCAUGGGAAGCAUCCAAACAGAAACAGUUAGUGAGUGGUGUGCCACAACAUUUGUGGCAUAUGUGAUAUGAAGCAUCUUAUCUCAAGACUGAGAACUGUGUAUAUUACAUCAUUGACCAUUAACUGAAUCUUUGAUCCAGUUUGAUGAUGAAGAUACAUGGUCUGCUGUGAACACCAGGGCACAAUAAGACUGCCAAAUUCAUUUUUGUUGGUUCCAUUUUUAAACAAACUGUGUCACAAAACACAGUAUACUUGUAUAGGACCACACCAGUCUUUGGGCACACUUCUGUACAUCGAAAACUGUACUUGCUCUACAAACAUCCAAAAACUGGUCUCCGUGGCCCAGCAGAUUAGUUUUGAGGUUUGAGAUAUGCUGUUUUGUGCUAUAUUUAUUAUAUGGAGUAUAUGAUGUAUAUUUUUUUGUGACUAUUGUAAGUGUCAAAAAUCCCUAGAUGUUCCAUUAUUUCCUGAAAUGUUAGAUGCCUCAGAUGCUUGAUUCUUAUGGCAGAAUUUGGGGUCAGCGAGGUUAUAGAUGGAUGAGCCAGUCUGAAAUACAAAAACAAUGUAGCAAUUUGAAGUGAGAAUAUAAGAUUUUUUAUUAUUUAUUUUUAAAUUUUUUUUUUUUAAUUUUGUAAUGUUGUUGCUGUAAUGCAUAUUCUUUACACAAAGUUCUUAGUUUUUCUAUGAAAUUUAUACCAUGAAAUUACUCUCUAAAGUAUAUGCACUUUCUUAUAAAGGCUAAUUUCUUCAUGUAAAUGUAGAGAUGUUCAUACUGUGUGUGUUGAAUUAUUGGAAAAUGUGGGCAAGGUUUAUCAAUGUGAAUGUGAUAGAAUCUGGAUAAAUACUAAAGCAUUCUAUCAAUUACUUGCCAGUUUCCUGUGGUUAUAUGUAUAUAUUUGUUGAUACUGUUUAGCCUUUAACAAAUUUCUGUGCAUAGAUUAUCACAGAAUUAGCAUAGUUGGUGUUCCUGAAUUGUAUACAUUGUUCUAGGUUUAGGGGCGUGGCACAAUAGUUUUGUGUCGGUUUGUGGGAAGGCAGAUCUUGCCAUUGUCUUGGCUCAAUUAUUCAGAAUACAGAAAGGGCAAGUGCUUGGGACCUUUGCAUCUAAAUGAAAUGGCCAAUUCAGGCUAUUUUACUUGCUAGAACAAACAACAAAAAAAAAUAUGCAUUCAUGUAUACCACAAGAGUGUUCUUCAUAUACAUAUUUAUAUACAUAUAUAGAGAUCUGGUUUCUGAAAAUUUGUCCCCUUCUCAAUUUAUUUAUUAUUAUUAUUGUUAUUUUCUUUUUCUUCUGUAGCUUUUCUUGCCCUUUUACAUCCUGUUCUUGUUGGGUAUGUUACUAUUUACAUUUUCCAAGUAUCUAAUUCACUUGAAAGAUAGUUUUGUUCAUAUUACCAGGUCUAAUGAAACAGGCUGAGUUUUUAUCAUUGAAGGGCAAUCUUUUUUCUAGCUUUGAAAGAAAAAAUUGACUUCCUUUGAGAGUAUUGAAAUCAAAAUAACAAUUAAAUUUAACAAAAAUCCUUAACUUUUCAUUCUUAGAAUUUUAGCAUGAACGUUUUUAUUGCAAUGUAAUAUUAAAUUAAAUUACAGUGAAAUUUUCAAAUUAUCACUUUUGCUUUGUACUAUUUUUCCAGCUCCAUUGUAUUUAUAGUAGCUGAAAUUAUGAAUCAAUGCGAGUUGGUGACCAAGUUUUAUUAUAAUUAUGAAUUCUAAUGAAAUGUGUAAUUUUAAUUUUUUUUAUCAAAAAAAUAAAUAGAAAAAAAUGUGAAUCUCAACUCAAAAUGCUGCUGUCUUACCCAAAGGUAUAUUCAUACCCCUUCCUAUGACAGCUACUUCAUGGCGGUGGGAAUUAACUGCUAUAUGUUUCAAAGAAAAUAUGGCUGAAAAUUGAGUAGGGCAUGGACUGUUAAUUUUACUGUACUAAGCAAGUAAGCAAGAUAUUCAGCCAUGUUCUUUUUGAAAUAUAUGCUGUCUUUAGAGCAUACCAUAUGCAUUUUAAACAUUCAAAAUUUAUCUUGCCAGGAUUUUGAAUAGAUCUGAAAUGUUUAACAAUGUGUUUAGUAUAUAGGAAGAAUGUCUUUUGUGUGCUAGUCUUCAUAAACAAGUAUGAUCUCGUAUUAUAUCUUGUGCUGCAGUACUUGUUGCUUAAAAAAGAAAAGUGACAGAUUGUAUAUGGAUUGCAUAAUGAUAAUUUGGCUCAUGAAUUGUGGUCAUAUCAAUUUAGAACGUGGUAAUGUGACAUCCAGUUUGCAACUAAUGAAUCUAAAAUAAUUUAAUUUACCAAAUGUCGGUGUGAUUACUUGUUUUUUUUCUUCAGAAUACAUAAUAGGUUAGUUUUGUAAUUAAGUGUGCCUUGUUCAAUACUGUCCAAUACACAGAACUUUUCUGAUGCUUGAAUGUUACAUGGGUACAGCUUUUUUAGAAGUUGAAAGGCUGUAUCAAAAAAACAAACAACUUAUUUCUUCCAAUUUUACUUUCUUAUAGUUGGACAGUGAAAUCAGAAACUACCCUAAGAGUGAGUAUUUUUAUACAAAGUUCAUGUAAAGAAAAAAUUAUUUUAAAAGUACCAAGAUACUAGAGUUGUAUACAGUUGUAGUGUCUGGUUUUGAAUUUAAAGUCUAAUUUUCCUGUUGGAAGAGCAUUCAUGGUGUGUUAAACAAUGGUAAGAAGUAUGUGCUGAAAAUGAAGAAAAAAUGUAUUAAAAGUCCAAAAUAAACAUAAAACACAUUCCAUUUGUUUAAAACUUGACUGGCAUUUACUUGAUUAUGCUUACCUUUCUUUCUUUCUUUAAUUUUUUAAUACUUUUUGGAUUCCGGGUCAUUGA